CAGGGAUACCAUGGCUCUGGAGGACAAGCUCCUGGGGCGCCUCAAGGUGGCUAUCAUCAUGGACAACAAUAUGGAGGAGGUGGCCCUACUGGCCAGCCUGCAUAUGGCGGUUCUGCACCAGGUGCACCAUAUGGACCUCCUCAAGGUGGUGGUGGUUAUGGACAGCCCAUGCCGGGGGGUACAGCACCAGGGGGACCAGGAGGUACUUAUGGAAGCCAUGCUCCUGGGGGACCUUAUGGUGUACCGGGAUCCAAUCCUUAUGGAGCUCCUCAGCAAGGCCAGUAUGGACAAGCUUCUCAAGGAAAAUAUACCACAAGGCGUUAACGCAGAAGCUUUUUCCUGGUUCCAGACUGUGGACACUGACAGGAGUGGGUACAUAACAUUAAAAGAGCUCAAACAAGCACUGGUUAACUCAAACUGGUCAACAUUUAAUGAUGAAACCUGUAUCAUGAUGCUAAAUAUGUUUGAUAGGGGGCAGUCUGGCAAGAUUGAUCUGUUUGGAUUUUCGGCUCUGUGGACAUACAUUCAGCAGUGGAAAAGCCUGUUCCAGCAGUAUGACCGAGACAGGUCUGGCUGUAUUAGUCUUCAAGAACUGCACCAAGCUCUUUCCCAGAUGGGAUACAGUCUGAGUCCACAGUUUACGCAGCAAGUGAUGACCCGAUAUGCACCUCGCUCUGCCAACAUGACCUUACAGCUAGAUGGCUUUAUACAGGUGUGUACUAAGCUGCAGAGUAUGACAGAAGCAUUCCGUGAAAAGGACACAGCACGAUCUGGCAGUGCAAGACUAAGUUAUGAUGACUUCCUCACCAUGGCUGUGGGACGCCUUCUUUAA